CAAAUGUAAAUAGGCCUUACUUAGAGAGAAAUAUCAAUUAACAUUAACCAUAAGUCCAAGAAUGGGUCGGAAACUGGAUCUAGGAUCUUUGACGGAAGAAGAAGAAAAAAUAAUUUUGCAAGUUAUUAAAAGGGAUUAUACUGUGAGAAAAGUGGAAACGAACAGAAUCGGAGAACUUUCCAAAACCGUUGAGAAUGAGGAACUAAAGCAACAAGAAAUUGUGAAGGAGGCGGUUCAAGGGGAAGUCCCUAUUGAUACUCUAUGUGCCAGAUGUGGGAGUAAAUUUAUAUGGCUCAUCAAUCCUAAGAAUCAAUGCAGCGGGUGCGACCUCUACUUUUGCAAGAACAAGAUCGAAUGUAUCGUUUACGACAAACUCACAGAUAAAUGCUUCUGCAAUGCCUGCUUGAAACAGAGAGAUCUCCAUGCACUUGCUGGUAACUGGUUUUAUACAAAAUUGAAAGGAAAGUUUCGACGGCAUGGGGGCGCUAAAGUGUCGAGGGAAUUUCAGAAAAGAAAGAAAACAAGAAAAUCAGAAAGUGACAGCUCUCCUGGCCCAUCCAAGAAACCAGCAAGGCUGACAGUGGAAGUUGAGAGAAAUGACUCAAUCUCCUCUAUUGAUUCCACAUCGGCACCAUCUUUAUACCGGCACCCAUCAGACAGAAGCUACGACAGUUCCAGCAUCACAACUCUAGAGGAAGGUCGGGAAAUCCAGACGCCUCUACAUGGACAAAUACAAGAGAAUAAGAAAGAUUCUAAGUCGGAGAAGAGUGAUGAAGGGCUAAUAAAACAGGAUUAUGAUGUCACUAUGGAUGCAGUUGUCAUAGGAACGAUUGGAGCUCCUCUCCAAUCAGCAUCAACUGAAACUCAAAGUCAUUCGUUUGACAUUGAGAUUCAAACUGAUGACCUUGACAAGGACGAGGACAAAUUACCAGCGAUCAAGGAAGAACUGGAAGCUGCUAUAUCUAAGUUAUUGCUGCCCAAGUUGGAAGAAUUAAAAAGAUCUCAAUCAGAGCAUGAAUCAGAACUGGAAAGGCAGAAAAAGAUCGAUGAAUCGGUGAAAAUGGCUGAAGAGAUGAUUGACAAGGCUUUGGAGAGAGCGAGAGAAAAACAUUCUAAUAUGCCUCAAGGUCCCGAGGAGAACGUUCUCCUGACCAAAUACCUCACUGAUAGCAAAUCUGAACUGAUGGAUAAAGUCUCUUCCCAGCUUUACUAUGAGGCUCAUGACAACAAUGAGGGAUCAGCUCGAUCAUCCAUGCGUGAGACUGGGACAAUGACCGAAACUUCAGACAGCGAAAUGGAAUCAAUUAGUUCUCAAUCUGUUACUAGUCGCCACCGAUCUAGAGAUAUUCCACUAUCAGAAAGACUUGGUAGUCUCAGCCCAGACUCUUUGCGAAAUACAUUGAAUCAGAGUCAGAAUUCAUCAGGAAGUUCCAUUACACAAGGAGUUGUGCUGCAGAAGGAUCAGUUGGUAGCGAGGGCUGAUAUUGAUAAUACUUUGGGACAAAUAUUAGAUGAACAAGGGGUUAUUUUGUCUGGUACAAACUCGCCACAAGAGUUCAGUACAGAGCUGAAAUUUACUGCAAUGGGAGGAGGGGGCCAACGUAGGCGUCGAUUAUCAACAGAAGAAAUAUCGGACUCAGACUCGGAUCAUUCAAGCGAACAUUCUCACGAAUUUCUCAAAGAAAACGAGAACUGGUCGGUACCUGAGGUGCAGAAAAGGCCGUCACAGUUUGGAAAGGUUACAAGCAAUAGCAGUUCAAGCGCUAUGAUGUCACUGCAGAAUGGUUUUGAAUCGCCGUAUGACCACUUGAGGGAGGAAGACAGUGAUUCGGAUGAUCGAGAACAUGUAGAAGAGGAACAAGUGCUUGCGAGUGUUGUCAGGCGUCCUGAUAGCACUAUGUCUCCUCCAGCUCUUAUGAGCAACCAAGUUGAAGUCGUUGAAUCAUUACCAGCGAAAAAACCUCAUUUACCAGUAGAUGUCGCUGUUGAUCCACGACUCCUUCGAUCACUGAGUGAGGAUCUGGAUAGCGGAGAAGCGUUACCAAAAGUGAAGGUUGAGUCACCCAGGACUCCGCCAGUAGAGGAAGAAAUCAUUCAAGCAGUGGACCGGGAGGCACAAGAAUUCCAGACUCCUUCCACCACCGAAGAAACCACAGAAGAAACUGUGGUUCACGAAGAAAAACCCGCUGCUAAAAAACGCAUCCUCAUUCCACCUCCCAGAACCCCAAGCACUGAAUCUGAUCUCAGCAUCAUACCAGAGGCAGAACAGGAAUUAAGGUCCAACAGCUCAGAUUCGGAAUCCUCGGAUUCAUCAAGCGGUUCCUCAGAAAAGAGAAGCGUCAGGAGGUCUCAAAUCCUGCAACCAGCACGGCACUCUGUAACUUCACAUGAUCAUAACAUAAAGACGAACAAUCUGUCACCAAACCAUGACUUGAUUCCUGAUGACGAUGAUUUUGGAGACAAAAUGGCCGAAGCUAUUGCUGCACAACAGAGAAUUUCUGGACAAAAAAUGGAAGAAGGUCUUGCCGCUGAAGAGAGGGAACUAUAUGAACCUAAACAACAAGAGGUCAAUUUUGAUACUUCAGUCACAAUCGAACACAAAGUCCAGGAAUCUAUGUCCAGCAUCAGUGGGGAUGAAUCGAUAUUAGAUAAAGAACAAACAGAAAGGGAAAUUGAGGAGAGAGCAGUAGCAAUGCGAAUGAUCAACAACAAAUCUAUUGAAAUUCUCUCUGACACAAUUCAAACCAUCGAAAAGGUCAAAGGUCAUUCUUCAUCAGAGUCUUCAGAUUCAGACUCAGAUGACGAGUCAUCAAAACAUGAAUCGUCAGAAAAUAUUCACAAAAUUAAUGUAGCAGAGGAAGAGAUUUAUAAGAAUGCAGCCAGAACAUUUGUGAUGGAAGAACGGAUGGAUCAAAUACAAAGAGAUGCUGAAAACCUGAAUCAUUCAACCGUGGAUGCUGUCGAAAGAUUGAAACAACUUGAGGAAGAAGUCGGAUUCAUGGAAAAGAAAGAAACAGAAGUUAGACAUGGAGUGAAAUCUAUUGAUGACAUCAUGAGGGAGUUAAGAGAAGCAGGAUUGAAAGCUGAACGGGGAGCAUUCAAGCGACAAUCACUGGAUUCUGCAACUGCUGCAGCUUAUAAAGAAAAUCAAAAGAAGCCAUCACGAUUCAGUCUCCCUCCUCGCACUCACACUCACCAGAUACCAGUGAAUGCUGCAUCAAGAGAGACUCCUUCCUGGUCGGAGAGAACAUUCAAAGUCACUCCAAGACCGACAGCUGCCCCACCCAUAGAAAACCCUACGUUCCACUCAACGCCAAAGUCAAAGUCCUCAAGCUCGAGUCAGUCAAGUCACUCAAGUCAUAAAUCCAGAAGUCACUCAAGCUCCUCAAGCCAUUCUGGGACUCGCUCAAGAAGUGAAUCUGACGAGAGGAACAUGAGCGCUUUUGAGAAUAUUGAAGCAACCAUUGCCGCCCCUAUUCAUGCAUCAGUGGACACGCCACACUCUAGUGGUUCUGUCACGCCCACCCAUUCAAGUCGAUCUGUCACGCCCACAAGAUCUAUAACACCUACUAUAACUAGUCCACAUAGUACGCACUCUAGACCUCACUCUGAAGAAAGAAAAAGUGACCAUCAAGAUACAAACCAUACUAAAGUUCCAGUUAUCAUUCCACUGAAAAAUUCAUCGAUUUCAUCCCAUUCAUCAAGUUCUCUUCAUUCAGUAAAUUCAUCGCAUUCCAAAACUUCUUCUGAAGUCAGUGAUAAAGAAUUAAAAGAAAGGAUUCCAGCUUCUGUCCUUAUUCAACACAAAGAAUCUUUAAUUUCAUCUCAUUCAGCGAGUUCUGUUCAUUCAGCCAGCUCAAAAUCCUCUUCUAAGACUGGGAAGGAAUUUGAAGAAAAAAUUCCAGCUUCCAUCUCCAUUCCUCAAAAAGAUCCAUCAGUUUCAUCUCAUUCAGCGAGUUCCAUUCAUUCAUUCAAUUCAGAAAAAUCAAGCAGUUCAUCUCAUUCAAAAUCUUCCAGUGAGAAGGAAUACCACAUAAAGCAUGAAAUACCAGUUCCUGUUAUCAUUCCACUGAAAGAAUCGUCAAUUUCAUCUCGUUCAGCUAGUUCUGUUCAUUCAUUAAAUUCACUUAGUUCAGUCGAAGAAGAAUUGAAAGGGACAACCUACAUGCCAGGUCUUUCAGCAGCUGAAUUAGAAGAAUCUAGAAUCCCAACCCCAGUUCCAAGAAAAAGAAUGGAAACCUUUCAGAUUGAAGAAUGUGCGACAUUGCCGGCCCCGAUUCCAAGAGAACGGAAAGCUAGCAGCAGUAGCUGUAGUAGUUCAGAUGAUGAAGAAACGCAGACAACUCUCGAAGAAUCAUUACCAGCGAAAGAUGUUCGGAAAAUAGUCAAUAAGUUUGAAGUAAAACAAGAAAAACUGGAAGGAAAAGAAGGAAAAGUGGAAACAGAUGAAUCAGGGACUGAAUAUACUGAACCACUGAUUACAAUGGGAAUGAAUCCUGAAUUAGAAGAAAAGAAAAAGAGAAUUUUAAGGAAGAAAAAACCUCUGAUUAACACGCAACUCAGCACUGAAUCUGAAUCUUCAGAAAGUAUUGGAAGAUCUGGGAAGAGAGACAAAUCGAAAUACAAGAAAGAUGACAGCUGGAUGCUUCGAAAAGAAAGUGAUUUUGAUUCGGAUUCUGCUUCGGUUUCCAGCAGUUCAAGCAAACAUAGCAGAGAAACAGGUAGGAGCAGUAAAAGUGGGAUGUUCCAUAAUUUAUCUGCGGCCGAACAGCGAGAGAUGGCUCGGAUCGCUCUGAUGCAUUUACCAGAAACCGCAAUCGCUGAGGAUCGAUACAACACGAAAACGAUAAAAUUUGUUCGGACAGAGGAUUCUCUCACUAAGUCUCCCCCACCAACUAAAACUGAAGUGUUGCCUGCUAUGGAGGUGCCAGUAACACAAAAGACCACAAUCCAACAAGAAUCGACACCAUCGAAACCACCACGCAAGGAGGUGGCUACAGCACAGAUCCAUGUCCAGGGAGAUUCCCCCAGAUUACCACAAGGGAUGACACUGGGAGAAGCAAAGAAGUUGCUGCAAAAGGAACUAACAGUAAAGAUAAAAACCGAUGACUCAGGAACCAAGUUUGCAAAAAGAGAAGAUGGGUGGAAGGGAACGAGUUUUAAUACAGAAGCAGAAAAAGCUAACUUGAGAAAUAGCUUUGAUGGAACGACAGUCAGAAAGCUGGAACCGAAUGGAAGUGCAAAGCAUGAAACACAUCAAAUGGAUUUGUCUCCCACUGAUCUUGAUCGCUUCCAAGUGGUUAGGGGAUCCAUUACAAUGCGAGGAGGAAAAGUGAUGGUUUUGACUACGAGCCCAGAUGGCAAAGAAAAAGCUGAAUUCAAGGACAUCUGAAGACAAAGACAAGAUGCUGAAAUAUUUUUGUGAAAUUUUUAUUUAUUUUUCAUCAAUAUCCACAUUUUAUAUAUUUCGUUCAAAAAUUGUGCAUGGUACAAGAUAAAGUAGAACUGUGCAAGCUAAGCAUGGUGGGAUAAGGACAUUUAUCCUGAGGGAAAUGGAUCUUACCAAAACGGCAUAUUCAUGGGAUAAAAUUUUUUGAUAGGAAGCUGAUAAGUUGGCUUAAUCACACAUAUAUUUAGUCUGUAGGAAAGGAAGUUUGAUAAGAUGGUUUAUUAAUUGGUCACAUUUAUUUCAAUCAAUUAGUCACAUUUAAUCCUUGAGAAAAGAAAGACGAUAAGAUGGCUUAUUCAUACAAAAACGUUAGGCAUCCAUAUUACCUUUCUCUUUUGCAAUUUGCCUUCCCGCAAAUGCUAAAUCCAUCAGUAGAAAGCUUUUGGUUUCUAAUCGUAGAAAUCCAGCUGUCUAAAUGUAUAUAUUCGCAUGUGGCUUACUGAAGUAUUUUGAUAUAAAACUUUCCCAUACUUAUCAAAUUGCAUAUUUUCCAAAUACCCACCAUAUUCAAAAACACCCAAUAUAAAUACCAUUUUUUGUAUCUAUAUACCAUUUUUACAUUAAUUUUGAGUCCUAAACGGUACAGAAAGAUAUUUUUUAAAUUUGUAUUCUUUAUUUUUAAUUUUUUAAAGAAAUUAUUUUGAGAAGUUGUUUAAUUGUAUCGUAUAUCUUUAAAAGAAAUUCAAAAUUUAAAAAUAUUUUGCUAAUCUGCUCCUGUUGUACCAGGUUAGGGUAAGGCUAUAAUUUCAUUCCGUAUUUUAGUUCUAUUAAGAGUUCGGGGACUGUAGUCUUAGCCAAGUGAAUAUAACCCUCUGCCCAUAGGUUUCAGUCCCUUUGCACAACUUGAUGUGAAAUAGGCGAACAAAAUUAGUUGCCUCGAUAUUGGUACACACACUUCUGGAGCGCUUCAUUAUAAUAAUCGCUUAUGGCUCCCAUUGCAAGUGAAGACAUCCCUUCCCACUUCUCUGGCGAGGGACAAUAAAUAAUGCUGCCAGGGAACUCAUUAACUCUUAGGUUUAUUAUAUUGUCACCAUAUUUGCACUUUUAUAUUCAACUUUGCACAAAUCGUUUAUUUCUUCAACUUUUUUUUCUUAAGUGCCAUUUUAUCAUUAAAAUCAUCUGUAUAUUUUAUAAUUAUAUCUUUAUUCUCCUCAUGAGAUUUAAUCUUUAUCUCGGGAGAAGAAAACCUAUAAGACGGCUUAAUUAUAUGAUAGGAUUUUCAUAGUUAUUCGUGAGGAAAGGAAAGCUGGUGAACUUGAUCUUAUGACGAACCACGGCCUCUAGUUCGUUUACCAGUCUAGGUGAGUCAAAGUCUGGUGAGAUAUUUUCAAAGAGUAUCCCUCUUCAUUGGAUGACAAGCAUGUUCCAAAAGCUGGACUUAAAAACUGGGUACUCCUGAAGUAUUUGAACCAAGAUGGCAGACACCGGAACGUAGUAUGUGUACCAGGUUAGGGUUAGGCCAUAAUUUCAGGUACAAAUACUAUGGGAGUCACUUGGCUAGCUCCCAAAAAUGUGAUAAAAUUAAAAUGAGGAAAAUUGGAAUAAUUAACCUGGUACACAUACUACAUUCCGGUGUUCGCCAUCUUGGUUCACAUACUUAAGGAGCACCAAAAGGAAAGCGGGUGACCUUAUGACGAACCACGACCUCUAGUUCGUCUCGAUGAGUCAAGUCUGGCGAGAUUUUUUCAAGCGUAUCCCCCUUCCCUGCAUAUUCCAAAAGCUGGAAUCAAAAAUUCAGUAAUAUAUGUAUCAUUUGCUUGGUAGCUUUGUUUGUUUACUAAUAUAACAAGCCUCCUUUUUCAUCAUAUUUUUCGAAAUUAGGGUUUUUUCUGGCUGUGUACAACUGUAUUCUAUAUGCCACUUAGCUAGGUUUCCGACCAUGAACCGUGGCAUAAGAACCAUGCUAAACUAUAGAUGUAUUACAAGUAAAUCAGAGAUAUCAAUUCCUGUGAAAACAAAAUUGUUGUAAAAUGCUUGUCUGGAGAAUUCAGAGUAAACGCUACAGCAGUUAUGCAGCAAGACUAUUAAAUCAAAUACUACAAAAGUUUUGAUAACAUCAUACGAUUGUAAGACUUCUGCUUACUGUAGAUAAUUAAUGUCAUCUAAAAUUUCAUGUUUGAAUAAUUUUUCACUUUCACAUUUAUACUGUUUAUUAAUGCCGGGUAGCUUUGCAAUUCAGUAAUUUCUGUGAUAUUUCAAUUAAAACCGUGAAGUGUACA